AUGGCUGCAGCUGGGAAUGACCGCUCUUUCCAUGUUUGUUCCCCCUACGCACAGCAGAAGUACAGCAACAUCUCCUGUUUCUGGGAAACACAACCAUCAGGCUGCUUGAGGAUCAGUUGCGCCUUCCAUCAUAGCAAACCUCGCAGCAUAAAUGGACUUUUUUUGCCGCCGAGUAACAAUGCCCCAUUGCAACAAGGUGUCCAAGAAGGGAUUCCGCACCCAGCCCAUGGUCAAGAGUCACUCAGAAAUCAAAAGAAUAUUUUACGACCAAUUCACCCUCCACUGACUAUACACCUCAACGAUGAAGACGACGAUGAGGACGAUGAUGAAGAGGAGGAGAACGGUGCUCCUGACUGGGUGCCUCAGACUGCUGCAGACCUUGAAGAGGAAAGAGCAAUAAAGGAAAUAUGCUAUCAAUCUGGAGAGUAUUACGGGAUUCAGUACCCUCAGGAACACCAAUCAACAAAAACUGUGUCUUCACCUCGGGAAAACGAGCUACUACCCUGGGAAGCUACCGAGCGAGACUUGCAGGCAGGUGACGGUGAUACAGUUCCUACAACAUUUAAGAAUGCAAAAGGAGAAGGAGAGAGCUCAGGAACGACAGUACCAGCAGAGACCAUUCCCAGAACAGAUCGUGGAUCCUUUGAAAACGGAGCCGGCAGCUAA